AUGGUCGGGUUGCGGCAGUCGCACGCCUUUCACACCGACACCACCCGCCAAGGACAGCAAUUGACGCCGUCAGAGCGAGAAAGGUUGCUCAAGCCGUACCUCCCUCGCGAGCCCAUCCAGCCCGUACAUUCCAACAGUCCCAAAAGCAAUGGGCCUUUCCACCAUCGCCAACGAGUACGACCGGCCAUGCGCCACUUGAUCCAUUCAUUGCUCUUCAGCAUCAUUCACAUCGUCUUUUCGACCCUCAUUCGGAUUCGUCAGAUCUACCAUGCCCUGCUGGAUAGGGUGUUUGCUGUGCUUUACUACCAUCAUCGAACGCCCGAGCUUAUUCGACGGGAUGUGAAGAAUUUGAGCAGGAUACCGAAGCAUUUGAGCGUGAUAUUGGACCUACCGCCAGAGGGGGGGAAGAAAGAUGCGUUGGAGACGUUGUUGAAUGAUGCCUGCGAGCUGGCGGCUUGGAGCGCCAGCGCUGGUGUGCCCAUGCUUUCGAUAUACGAGCGAACAGGCAUCCUGAAGUCUUCCCUCCCGCACCUCCACCGACGCAUAUCCCGCGCCAUGAUUUCCUACUACGGAGCAACAUCGCCCUCGAAACCUACCAUUUCCCUACGUUCGCCCAACCUCCCUUCUUACAGCCCACCGCACACGCCAGAGCUCACCAACGGCACGCAUACCGCCGAAAGUCCACACCACCUCACAAUCCUCCUCCUCGACGCAACAGAUGGCCGCCAGACAAUCGUGGAUCUCACAAAAACCUUGGCGGAGAUGUCACAGCAUGGAAAACUUUCACCGUCGGACAUCUCGCUGGACCUUAUCGAUGCGGAAAUUAGCGAAAGUGUCAUGGGCGAGCCAGACCUGCUUAUUCUGUUUGGAGAUCAUGUGGUGCUAGAGGGAUACCCGCCAUGGCAGGUCCGUCUGAGCGAGAUUUUUCACGUUCAAGACAACGCGGCAGGUGUUGGCUACCAGACCUUCCUGAGGGCGUUGUACAAGUUUGCGAAAGCAGAGUUUCGGUUGGGAAGGUAG